AUGACAAAUAUACAUACAAAUAUUUUAUUUAAUUGGCUUGAGCUUUCAAAUGUGAUCCUGUUUACUAAACCUCUUCCUUCACUUGCAGGAGAGGAGGACACUAGUGAUGUGGUUCUUCUGGAUGUGUGCCCCAUGACCCUUGGUAUUGAGACUGUUGGAGGAGUAAUGACCAAGCUGAUCCCCAGGAACACAGUGGUGCCCAUCAAAAAAGCCCAGAUGUUUACUACAGUCUCUGAUAACCAGCCUAUUGUCACCAUCAAAGUCUAUGAAGGUGAGCAUCCUUUGACCAAAGACAACCAUUUCCUGGCUACCUUUGACCUGACUGGCAUCCCCCCUGCUCCUCGUGAAGUACCACAGAUUGAAGUCACCUUUGAGAUUGAUAUCAAUGGCAUUCUGCAUGUCACUGCUGAGGACAAGGCCACAGGCAACAAGAAUAAGAUCACAACUAACCAGAACUGGCUAAUGCCUGAGGAUAUCAAACGCAUGGUGAACGACGCCAAGCGCUUUGCUGAGGAAGACAAGAAGCUGAAGGACAGGAUCAAUGCUCACAAUGAGCUGGAGGGCUACGCGUACUCCCUGAAGAACCAGAUUGAAUCCAUUGAGAAGGCAGUGGAGGAGAAGAUUGAGUGGUUGGAGUCCCACCAAAAUGCUGACCUGGACAACUUACAGACCAAGAAGAAGGAGCUUGAGGAGGUGGUUCAGUCCAUUAUCAUCAAGCUCUAUGAUAGUGCAGGUGGUCCACCAGCAGUUGGCAGUAAGCAAAAUGAGAAGGAUGAGUUGUAG